AUCAUGUAACAGCUGUGAGGAUUUUGCACAGCUGUGUGGAUUUUGCACAGUUCUUUUGGCUAUGAGGCACAUAUUUGAUAUUUUCAUUAUUGAAAAUGAACGAACAACUCUCUCUUAAAGCUUUGCAUAUCAUUUUGGUUGGAGAGCACUUGAGGAGCCGGUUGCACAGCGAGCAAGAGCCUCCAAUGAUUCGAGACAGGCGAUAUCACCUCCGUAUGUAUCCUUGCUGUUUUAUAGGUCGAGACGUUGUUGACUGGUUGAUGAAAAAUAGCGACGCUAACAGCCGUGCAGGAGCUGUACAAUGUAUGGAUAUUCUUUUGGAAAAUGGAGUAAUUCAUCACGUUGUUGAUGACCAUCACUUCAAAGAUGAGAUGUUGUUUUACAGAUUUCGAAGAGAUGAUAAUACAGUUGUGAAAAACUCUGACCUUGAUGUAAUAUAUAAGGGUUGUGAUAUUUACUACAGGGCAAAGAACGAGGACAGCCAUUUAAUCAAGUUACGCCCUUGUCAUGACUUUGUCUUUAGGAACUGUUUCACAGGAUAUGAGCUGGUAGACUGGUUAAUACAAAAGAGUGAAGUUCCUGACAGAGCACAUGGAGUUGUACUUGGAAGAGAGCUGUUAGACCAGGGAAUUAUUAAGCAUGUUACGGAUGAAUUUCACUUCCGUGAUGAAAAUAUCUUUUAUCAGUUUAUGAUUGACAAAGUAGUAAACAAGAAAAUGGUGGACGCACUGGGAAUUGUUGAUAAUAAGCAGCCAGGCUCACCAAGAAAUUUCAGGCGGAGGAAUCUACCUCCUCUGAACACACAAAGGUCCAGCCCAGUUCCUUUUGCAAAAGAAAGACCAGAAUUGGAUGAACAAUUUGAUUAUGAAAGAUCUCCAGACAGUCCAGUUUUUUUCCCCUCAAGUGGUAGUUCAAGCCAGUCACCCAGACCAGUUAUUGUCAGAGAAAUUACCACAGGAGAGUUAAUGGAUCCAAAUGGACCUUAUGUCAUGAAAAAUAUAAGUGUUAAGAGUGAUGCAGUUGGUUUUGGAUUUGUUGUGCGGGGGUCUAGUCCUGUCUAUGUCCAAACAGUUGAUCCUAAAGGUCCUGGAGCCGCUGCUGGGUUAAAGGUACGAAUGUUUUUAAAAUCAGUAAAUGGCAAAGAUGUCCUCCAUUGGAACCACAGACAAGUGUCUCAGGAGAUUCUGAGAGGGCACAAUAUUGUGCACUUAGUUGUUAUGACCCAUUUUAAGGGUGUGGAGUAGGUCCUUUUGACCUGACAUCACAAGCCUGCCAGCAUGCUCUCAUUGUUAGUGUUUCAGUAAGGGUGUUUCUUCGCCUUUGAGCAAUGCUUGCCUGCGAGAGGUCUGGGCCUAGUUGUUUGAAGUCCAAUCAGCACUACUCCAGGGUUAGAUUUUAAUCUGGGUUUCUUUAUUCCUUUGUUCAAAAGCCUUUUUUGGAUAAUUUUCUCCAUCCUUUUCAGGGCAUCCAUGGAUCAAUAACUUGUAGACAAAAGGAAUGUUUCUGAGUUUUCUGAUAAAGCUUUCAAAUCUGAAAUCAGAUUUCACACUACCAAACCCUGGGUUUUCUUAACCCAGCUUUGAACAACCUGGCCCAAAUAUUU